AUUUUUAAUAUACACAUAAAAACCUUAACGCAUUUGAGAUAUUACAAUAAACAGAUUUCAGGAUAUAAACUAGAUGCUGGCAGCUUGAAACAUAUACAAAGCAAUUAUGACACGAUCAGUUGCCAUUUCAUCAAUGCUUUGGUUAUUAUUAAUUAUUUCAACAGUGCCUUAUACUCAACCUACGCAGUCUGGCAUUUACAUAGAUAAUGGCAAGGAUCAAACAGUUAUGCAGCGUGUCCUUACCGACGAUGACAAGCUGGAUGUGUCAUAUGAAAUAUUAGAAUUCUUGGGCAUAUCCGAUCGUCCCCUACAUCAUAAGAAUCACGGUUUGUCCUUGAGAAAAUCAGCACCAAAAUUUCUUCUCGAUGUUUAUAAUCGGAUAACGGCCGAAGAAGGACUUAAUAAAAAUAAUGAUCAUCAUCGCUCCAAACGCGAUGCCGAUGAGGAAGAUGAAAGUGAGCAAAACUUUAUAACAGAUCUGGAUAAACGUGCGAUAGAUGAGAGUGAUAUUAUAAUGACAUUCCUAAAUAAACGAAAUCACAAUGUGGAGGAAAUGCGUCACGAGCACGGACGAAGAUUAUGGUUUGAUGUCACGAAUGUACCCGGUGAUAAUUACCUAAUGAUGUCCGAGCUGCGUAUCUAUCAAAACUCCAAUGAAGGCAAAUGGUUGACAACAAACAAGCAAUUUACAGUUACGGUGUAUAUGAUACAAACGGGAGGAUUAUCGCAAAAUAACCUGGAACCAUUAUCCUCCGUUAACACCACCGGCGAUUAUGUGGGAUGGCUGGAACUGAAUGUCACAGAAGCCUUGCAUGAUUGGCUAACAAAUGCUAAAGAAAAUCACGGUAUUUACAUUGGAGCACAUGCUAUAAACAAACCCGAUCGAGAGAUCAAACUAGAUGAUAUUGGCUUAAUACAUCACCGGGUAAAAGUUGAUGACGAAUAUCAGCCAUUUAUGAUUGGUUUCUUCCGAGGUCCGGAGCUGAUCAGGGCAACUGCUUCCACUACACAUAGCAAUCAAAAAAGAACGAAAAGGAGCGCAUUACAUCAGCGAAAGAAAAAUAAAUCGGAGCCAUCUGUAAAUCCAUUUGUGGAUAAUCCAAUCGAAAAUACUCGCAGCUGUCAAAUGCAAACACUCUACAUCGACUUUAAGGAUCUCGGCUGGCACGAUUGGAUAAUCGCACCGGAUGGCUAUGGUGCGUUUUAUUGCAGCGGUGAAUGUAAUUUCCCACUUAACGCCCAUAUGAAUGCGACGAAUCAUGCGAUUGUGCAAACGUUGGUGCACUUGCUCGAACCGAAGAGAGUUCCGAAACCAUGUUGUGCACCCACAAAAUUAGGAGCCUUGCCGGUUCUAUAUCAUCUCAACGAUGAGAAUGUCAACUUGAAAAAGUAUCGCAACAUGAUUGUUAAAUCUUGCGGGUGCCAUUAAUAUACAAAAGUGUUUAUUUUAUAAAAAUACAGUUGUGCUUUACUCAGUUAACUUAUGCAAGUUUCAUUUUCGUUAAGAUACAAAAUUCUAUACAAUUUUGUGCCGAUAGCUCAAACUUCAUAAGUCUCUUACUCGAAUUUCGGUAAAAAUAAAACAAACAAAAAUACAAAUUAAGUACGCUUAAGCUGAUUUUAAACUGCAUAAUACUGAUUGUGCUUAACCAAAAACAAAAAAAAAACCUUUAAAGCAUCAUUUGAAAUUAAAUUCAUUCCAUUUUUGUUCAAAUAUUUUGAUAAACACAAAGAUUAUUUCACGUACAAACUAAAUUUUGGACUGCAAAAUCAUUUAAUUUUCAUUUAUCUGCAACUUGAAGUCUCGAAUAAGUGGCAUUUUUACAAUGGCUCGUGUUUAGAGAAGCUUGACUGUAUUUAGUUGUAUAUUACUAUACUAAUUGUGUAAUCGAAUGUAUAAUGUAAUUUUUCUGUAAUAAUCUCACGAUAUAUGUUGUAAAAAUAAACCAAAUGUAUUAUACAAAAUCUCAUAGAACAAACAUUUGCAAUUUA